GUAUAUGUAGCUUAUCUUUGAUUACGUUUAAUUUUAUUUUUGGAAACUGACCAGAUUUUUAACGAAGAACUGUAAAACAUAGGGAGCUUUUAGUGAGUUUAAGAACAUUCUACAUCUUAAUUUAUAAAAAUGUACGUGUCAGAUAGCAGAGAGGAAGAAGGGGAACAGAACAAUGAAGAGCAGUCUUUUGACUUCAAUACUUACGCAACGAAGAAGACAAUAGCCAAAGGUCUGCUUGACGUGGGUCUGCUGACGUCAAAUGCUUCACAGUUGAAAACUACCAUCAGCCUAGGCUCCUCGCACGAAUACUUUUGCACAAAUAUCGUUCUCAUCGCUAUUUCUGUCGUCCUGCAAGUCGUUGUCGGAAUUAUGCUGCUCAUUGUUGGAUGUAUUAAAUUGGAAAAUAUGGAACAAAAAAAUCGCGCAAAUAAGCUUAAUAACUUCAUCGUUGGUAUUGUUCUAAUCAUUACAGUGAUCAAUGUCUUCAUAACUGCUUUUGGUGUGCAAGCCUCCAAUUGAAAUUGAUAUGUGACUGAAAACAGUCAAUUUUGGGAAAACAUAUACUUCUAUAGGCAGAAAGACUAUUGUCCGCUUCCAUUGACAGCGAAAGGAAGUAAAUGCAAACAAAUAUGUUCAUAAUUAUAGCAGUUUGAAGUCACCUGUCGCCACCAGAUCGGUUCAUAGGGACAAAUUUAAUAUAUAGCAUUAUACAUUACACGUAAAUGAUAAUCUGUCCUGAGUGAAAAAAAAAUCCAAAUAUAACUAAUAUAAACUGGAACUUUCGUAAGGUAUAAGUUGUGUAAAAAUCAGUUACGUCUAAAUUACGACGUUAAAGGUAUACUAGACCCAAAACUUCAGACUUGGAGAAAUGCACAUUUACUACAUAUAGCAUAUGUAAGCAUAGAAUUAACAGGUUUAUGUGUAUAACAGUACUAAACAUUAGUAAACACUUUAUACAUGUGCAGCUAAACUCAGUAUAAAUGUGUACUAUCACUAAAAACACUGGAAGUUUUUUAUGUAUAAUUGACUGUUACUGCACGACGUUUAAUGGUGAGUGUAGCUCUAUGUAAACACUCAAUUUAUAUUCUUAGUUAAAUAAAAUACAUUUGAUUCGAACUUCCUAUAUUUGAAAUAAAUAUCUAAAUACUAAAUAAUUCAAUGAAACAUGGACAGUGUAUCUCUAUGUUAUGUAAUAUACUUACAGAUAAUUCCGGUAUCUACUAAUUGAAGCAAUUAUUUAUCAUUCAUACGCGUAUUUAAGCAUUAUAUCAUCGAAUUAGAUAGCAUGAGAUAACCGAGAUAAUCAUUAACAUGCACUUAUGCAAUUUGACUUAUUUUUAUCACAGUACAUCUUUUGAAGAAUGAAUGAAAUGAACAGUUGCGUGUUUGAAAAGAUUUUAUGGCGGAAUUUCACAUAUUUUGUUGUUGCUGUUUUUUCACUGACAGUGAUAUAUGCUUUUUAAGAUUCAUUUUGUAGAUACUAACUUUUCUCAAAACUUUUCCCUUAAUGUUCACUUUUCCGCCUAGUUUUGACAAAACAAUGGCAUUACUGUAUGUCUUAUUAUUUGUUUUUGUAUUAAAAUGAAACUUUCUUACUUACAAAAUAUGUUACUUAUAUGUGUUUUUGUGACUUUUUAAAAACGGGACAAGGUUGUAAGAUAAUUAUGAAUAUAUGAUUGCUUAAAUUUGUUUUAAUAUUGAAAUUUCGGUAUGGCUUUAACAAUAAUUGUUUAAGCGUAUGUGCAAUUUUAUGAAACGUAUUUAAAAGCUAAUGGCAAAAAAUGUGUGUUGUGUUAAGAGAUUUGUUAAGUGCAUAAUAACCUGGCUGCCUUGCAGAAUGUCAUCAUAAUAGCAUAAUAGCAAAAGAUAUGUGUAAUACCACAAGAUGUAUUUUAUUAAUUGAACAGUUAUAAAAAAUAACAUGCAAUGUUGUAUUUGAUAGUGGAAAUGCUUGAAAUAUAUUUUCUUCCUUGAA